GUUAAAUACAUGGUGCUCAAUGUAGACUAUUUUCAAAUGUUUUCUUACCUUAAGACGAGUAAGUUCUUCAAAAUUUUAAUUUCCUUUAAAACAACCAGGAAACACCCAAACCAUUUUGUAAAUGACACAAUGCUUGUUGCUGUCAACUGCAACAUAUGGAAGCUGUGUGAUAAACUUGACAACAACAAAAAACAAACAAACAGAGAACUCUCCCAACAUCUACUUUUUGUUUUUGAGCAGGUACACCCAUCAUUCAUCAAAAUGUUUUUGGUCAUCAGCAGCAACUUUUUCCUGUGCAUAAACAUGACACUCAUCUCAAGGUGAGACGGCGUUUAUAAAGCAGCCGCCAGCCAGCCAGCAGCACUCACAUUAAUAACUGCGAUAACAGGGCUGAUAAUAUCACAGACCUACAGAACUUUUCAGAGGAGGAACACAACAUGAGAAUAUUUUUACUUCUAGCUGCCAUUGCUGCAGUAUCACAGGCCCAGACGGACUGCUCUCGAGGGGCUUGUUAUCCACCCACCAAUGACCUGCUCCUGGGCAGAGCUCACCGGCUCCACGCCACCUCCACCUGCGGCCUCACAGGCUCCGAGGUCUACUGCACCCCGUACCAACAGAGGAGGAUGAAGUGCUGUCCGUGUGACUCCAGGGACCCUGACGGUCCACUCGCCCACACAAUCAAGGAGGCCCUGGGCACUGCGGCACCAGACAGAUGGUGGCAGUCCAAGAAAGAGGUGGAACCAGUCACUCUCCAGUUGGACCUCGACAACCUGUUUCAACUGGACAACCUGGUGCUCAGUUUUAAGGGUCCUCGUCCCAGUGCCUUCAUCGUAGAGAAGACUCUAGAUAACGGAGCAACAUGGAAGCCUGCGCUUCACUUGGCUGCAGACUGUCGAGAGUCUUUUCCUGGCAUACCAACAGCAACCCCUGUUGACCUGGAUCAAACAUACUGCUACACACUGCCCCCUAUUGGAGAUAAUCCGUACCAAGACCACACAGUCCAGUUCAGUCCUCUGCGUCAGUACGCUUAUGUUCCAGUUCCCAACAGUGAAAAAAUUGAAGGUGUGUCAGGGAUCACAGGGCUGAGAGUGAAGCUGCUGGAGCUCGGAGAAGUCCCUCAUAUUCCAGGCAGAGCUCUCAGUAAGUUUUACGCCCUGAAGGACAUGAGGGUGAUCGGCACCUGCAUGUGCCACGGACACGCCAACAGAUGUCUGCAUGAAAGCUCCGGCUACCCACAGUACAACAGCAUAAAGGUGAAUCAUCAGUGCGACUGCCAGCAUAACACAGCAGGUGACCACUGUGAGCGUUGUGCUGACCUCUACAACGAUCUGCCCUGGAGGCCUGCAGAGGAAGAUGACACCCAUACCUGCCAACGCUGCGAGUGUAACAACCAUGCCCAGCGCUGUCACUUUGACCAGGAUGUGUACGAGGCCAGUGGACGCAGGAGUGGAGGUGUGUGUGAGAAAUGUCUGCACCACACCACAGGUCCAAAGUGUGACCAGUGUGCCGAAGGAUACCAGCCGAACCCCCGCAGCCAAAUGGACCGCCCUGACGCCUGCAUACGUUGUAUUUGCAGUGUAGAGGGGACGAUAAAUGGAGGCCAGUGUGAUGACAGCUCAGGUGACUGUCUGUGCAAAGCUAAUGUUGAAGGUCCCCGCUGUGACCGCUGUAAGAGAGGAUACUACGGCCUGAGUGCCUCCGACCCUCUGGGCUGCUCCAAGUGUUCCUGCUCAGAGGACGGCUCGCUGUCAGAUGCUUGUGACCCGCUCACCGGACAGUGUCUCUGCCGUCCCCACUUCCACGGGCGGACCUGUGAAGUGUGCUCUAGAGGCUACUGGAAACCAGCCCUGUCUGGAACCUGCGAACCAUGUGGCUGUGACCCCACCAGGGCAUAUGGUGACAUCUGUAACCAGGCGACGGGUCAGUGCGAGUGCAGACCAGGUUUUGGAGGCAGAAGAUGCACCGAUUGUCCACCCAACUCCUACGGAAACCCUCUGGUUGGCUGCCAACCCUGUAAGUGCAAUGCUGAAGGAACCAUUCCAGAAAUGUGCGACAAGACUGGCGCCUGUUUGUGUCGACCCGGCGUCACAGGGACUCGCUGUGACUCCUGCAGCAAAGGACACUGUGACUCGUUCCCCGCCUGCGAGUCCUGUCCCUCCUGUUACUUCACCCUGGACUCUCAGAGACAGAACUACAGUUUGCGUUUGGAGAAAUUCACCCCCGGCUUCCCUUUUCCUCCUGGAGGCACUGGUGGUGGUGACCCUGCUAACUUUGGGCCCCGUAUCCGCACCAUGGAGGCCACUCUGAACCAGAUCAAAGACUCCCUGGCACUUCCAACUGUUAGCUCUAAACAGAUUGAUGAUGCUCUCGCUGAACUGGACAAGCUCGGGGCCGAGCUGGACAAGAUUAAUGAUAAUCUUCCACCUCUGGAAAAGACUCCUGGUCUGGACUCAGAGCUGGACAAACUGAAGGCUCUGCUGGACCGCCUCAAUGUGGAGUACAGAGACAAGAAGGCUGCCGUGGACAACACCAUCAGCCCUGACAACUCAGGAGCUUUCAACGCCAUCAAGAACGCUUACGACGAAUCUACAGAUGCAGCUAAAAAAGUGGACGACACCAAAGACCCACUGAAGGAGUCAUCUGAUAACAGAGACGAGACUAAGGAUCUUUACAACACGGUGCAGCCAGCCAACACCAAAGACCUGGACAAACUGAACAAGGACAUGGCCACCAAACCGAACCUCACGCCUGUGGCCAAAGAGGUGUGUGGCAGUGUCCGCACAGAGCCCUGCACCCCUCUGAGGUGUGACGGCGGAGACCUGUGCCCACCACCGGGGACGCCUCUGUGUAAGAAGGGAGAGAAGUGUGUUGGCGCCCUGCCUCUGGGCAAGAAGGCAGACGCUGAUGCUGAUGACGUGAAAGACAAAGUUGACAAACUGACUGAGAAGAUCACAGAUGCGGCAGAGAAGCUCCAGGAUGCGCAGGAGAAAACCAAUCAGGUGCGAGAGACCGUAGAGAAGCUGUCCAAUGGAAUGAAGGCCAGAGAUGAUCUGGAGGGAGACUUACAGGAGACUCGUGAUGUUGUGAAAGAGCUCAGAGACUUCCUGGAAGACCCGGCCUCCAACCUGACGCACAUCAAGGAGGUGAGCGACUGGAUCCUGAACACCAAGCCACCCCAGAGCAUCCCUGAUCUGAACAAAAAGAUGGAAGAGCUGAAGAAUCUGGCAGAUAAUCUGCCGGACAGCACGUCUGUGUUAAAUGACGCACAGCCUCAACUGGACACUGCCAAGAAACUCCUGGACGACGCAAAGAAGGCCAGGGACACGGCACUGGGAGUAAAGGGAGACGUGGACAAUGUGCUGACAGGUCUGGGCACAGUGGAGAACUCGAUGACUGACCUGGAGGAAAAACUGCAGGACAGCAUGGACAAGAUCGACGACCUAAACAGAGACCUGUCAAAUGCUCAGGACCAGAUAACUCCAGCAGAGGAGACACUGGAUGAUGUAACAAAACUGAUUGCGCCAUUAAAACCUCAGCUGGACGACCUCAAAAAACUGCUGGACAAAAUACGACCGACAGCAGAGGGUGCACAGGACGAUGCACAAGACGCUUUAACAGAAGCAGAGGAUGGGAAGAAGGACUUGGACCCUCUGGAGGAUAAGCUGAAGCUUCUUAAGGAUAAGGCUGCAGGCACUCUGCCGGGUGAAGAACUGGGGCUGGUCGGGGAUCGACUGGCGGCGCUGAAGGAGAAUGCUGGAAAUUUGGCCAACACGACCAACGACAUGUUGAAAGAUCUUGAAGGUAAGGCAGAUUCCCUGAAGACACUGCAGGACGAGAUCCUCCAGAAGUCAACAAAGCUUGAAGGACUUGAUACUAGGGUCGAAGAACUGUUGGCAAAAAUUCGAAAGAAAGCCCACGACCUUAGGACCUGCCAGGGCUAAGAGUCCCGUCAGCGUCUCUGUCCUCAGAGCGUCAUCAUCAACACAAACCAACCUUCAACAACAUCUGCUGUUUGAGCAAAUCUUCAUCUUACUGCUGGAACUCUUAAGAAAACAGCUGUAAUUAUAUGGGCUAGAACAACAUAGAGAAUGUGCUUAGUGACGUAAAUGCUGCUCUCCUUUAAAUAUUUCUCAUAUGUUUAUUCACCGGUGUCCUACACAUUUCAAAACAUACAUUUCACUUUUCAGACUAAAUUGUAACAUUUCUUUGUAGAUUGUUCAGAAAGUAUUAAAGAUUAUUGUUAUUUUUUUUAAUUAAAAGGAUAAAAAAUAAAACU